CUGUCUGGAUUUAGGGGCCUCAUUUAAAUUUGGGUGGCGAGGGGGUUGAUCCUUUGAGUGUUGAAGGAAAAGGGAAACUCUCCUGCUGUCUGGGGCUGUGUACAUAAAGCAGAGCAGGAGCUCCAAGAGCAGAUGCUCCUGUGGACCUGGGAUACUCUCGCUAGUCUGGGAGCAGUUUCAUUGUUCUUGAAUACUGUGCGUGCACAGAAGAUCAUCAGAGGGGAGGGAGGAAAUGCAACUUCACGUCAUCUUGGCCCCUGUGUAACUUGAGAGCAGCCAAAGGAGAGAGACUGCAAGGGCACAGCAUCCUCUGUGUUGGGACCAUGGGACGUGGGCCUCUGGGGAGUUUGUGGAAUGAAAACCAUGUGGCCGCAAACCUCCCGAGUCUUGCCAUGUCCGGUAAAAAUACACACGGUCAGGUUUCACUCCCUCUUACAACGUGAAACCCCAAAAGAGCUGCUGCUGCUCUGUGGUUUGGUGAGAGCGGCGCCUGCGUAGCCCUGCCAGACUUUCCCGUUACAAAUCCCCUAGCUCUGCCCACGAGGCCUCGGCCUGGGAGCCAGGGCUGGCGUUUUGUGUAACCUAACCGCACAAGCGACUCCUCAGCUAGAGGAAUGGCAGGUUUGGCCCGUCUGAGGCUUUGAUUUGAUUUGUGUUUAAUAUUGAACUGUUGCUCCAGCAGUUCCAAAGCCCUGGGCAAGUCCUUUGUAUGGCUGGAGCCUGGCUCCCUUCCAGGCAUGGCUGCGUUUUGCACAUUAGCAACUAAGACUGCCCCUUCCUGCAAACAGCAUAGCCGGAGUGCUGACUCCCAGUUCGCUCCGUGCAGGACGGAGCCCGGGGCCUGCCAGUGAGGUCAGACAAAGCCCCUGGUGACUUGAGAGGAAGCAGGAGUGAGCCCUGCACGGAACGGCAAGGAUGCUGCCUGCCUGGCAACGCGGAGUCUCAGGCUGCCUGGGGUAGGGCCUGCCUGGCAGUGCAUGUUUCAGAAGGCCGAGUGCUUGUUGCCCUUGAAGAAGCCGUGCAAAGGGAGCUUGGGUUAAAUACAGCAACACCCGUGCGUCCCCUUGAACGUUUUCCUUUCCCUCCUGCUCCCUUCCUGUGCUGUGCUUCGCCCUGCGGAGAGUCAGUAGCACCCCUCUGUUGUAAUCACUCUGGAUGCUGCUCUCUAACCUUCCACCACGCUGUGGGGAAUUCGUGUUACUGCUCCUGGCCUUGCCAAUGGACUGGGCUUGGGGUAUUUAGUAGGUGUAUGACAGUAGGUCCCAGCAGCCCCUGUCAGAGCCUGAGCCCUCAUUGGGCUAGGCACGCUACCCCCAGAAUACAUGGCCCCUGCCCCAAGGAACUCCGUCUCUGUGGGGUGCUGAGCCUGUGCAGCUGUUCGGGCCCCCAGGGCGCAUUCUCCCCACCAGUCCCCUGCAGUGUUUCAAGGGAGGGCAGGCGCCUGGGGGGAGGAUGGGUGUGGAGGGAGUAGGGGGCUGUUGCCCUUUCAUGGUGCCCGUCUGCCCUAUUUACAGGCUGCUGUGCCCCUUUGCCAAGCAGCUAGAGCUAGAGCCCACUUCUCUCCUGGAGCAGGGCAUGGACCCCAGGCAACCAGCCUAGCUCCAUGUCUGUCCUGCCCCUUACGCAGCUGGGCGGUGCUGGAGGGAGCCUGGAUUCCAGGGAUGUGGAAGGGAGGGUGGCUGAGCUGUCGGGAAGGAGUGGGGUCAGUGGAGUCCAUGAGGAGGCGCUUGUAGGGUGAGUGGAGUGAACUGGCCACGCCCUUGGUGCAUGGUUGUCCAGGGGCUCCUCUGCUGGCCCAUUAUCAGCUGCCUGGAGAGCUGCGGGUGGGGGGACCCCCCCCCAGGGAAGAGCAGCCUGAGCUGCAGGCUUUGCUUUACGCACCUUGGCCUUCUCACUCCUGCUGGAGGCUCCAGCCAACUUGUCACAUGAGUUUUGCAAGCCACAGCUGGUUCUGCCUCCCAGCACCAUGUGAGCUAGGGAAGGCUGUUCCUGGGCCAGCUCCACGGCCCACACCACCACCUUGAUUUCAGCAGAGCUGCAUGCGUGCAAAGACCUGACUGCACAGAUGCAGGGUCUCAGGGACCUGUCUGCCAAGCACUAAAAUGCAGCCACUUCUGGGGUGAAAGGUGGCAGCACAUGGCAACGUUAGAGAAGCAUAGGAGGGGAAGGGAAGUAGCAUCUUCUGGGAGAAGGAGGAGGCAGAAUGUAGCUGCUCAAGUGAGAAUUUGGCCGGAUUCUGGAGCUAGCACCUCUUGAACGGCCCCGUUUGGUUGUGGCUGUAGUUUGGUCUAUCUCCUGAAUGACGGCAGGCUCCCAGGCCGGAGCAAUGGGGUCAGCGCUGGUUCGAGGGGCCCAGGCCAAGCGAUCUGCACAGCUCCCUGCAACACCAAGCAUUGCUCAGAGCUGUCCUGCUCCUGCCUGAUUCCCCUUAGCUUGUGAAACACAGGCGCCUCUAGUUCCUUUAGCAAGCCAUGUGCCAGGGCAUCCUGCCGACAGGGCCUCUGCCUGGGACCAUCUCCCCUCUGGCAUCCUGAACCCUCAAAACAGGCUUUCUUGCUGGGACAGAGGCGUGGGGCUUUCAGCUGGGCCAUGCAGCGUGGGCGUGAUGGGUGCAUCUUGCAGACAACCCCUAGGAGCCUUGAUGUGAAUCUGACUCGCCUGGUGACCUGUCUGGCCGCCAGCUCCUUUGCCCCAGCCCUAGAGGGGGAAAGCACAGAGGUACGAAAUCUGCCGGCACACUGGCACGUUGGGCUCUUGGAGACAGGAGGUGGCAGAGAAGGGAAAUGUACCAGCGGGUUACAGGAAGGGAUGCGCAUUGUACCUGCCAGCAUCCUGGCCGUGUCUGCGCCUGGCAAAGACGCCGUGAGGAGUGGAGCAGAGAAACCUCCCCCAAAGCUGUCCUGCCCCCGGCAAACCCAGGCCAGGCAGGGCAACAUCCACUCCUGCCCAGGGCGCUUCCUCUGCGUGGAGCCGUGUCAGGCACCAGCGUUCUGCAGCUCCCACGCCCCAGGGCGGCGUCCGGCCGAGGUCCUGGGUGCUCUGCGCCGGCGACGCUGGUGACAAGGGAAGGCUGGAAGGUGCUGCUGGGUCUGGGGUCGGGCCCCUGGAACGAGGGCUUGAUGUCGAAAGCUGUGGCCGAGGGCCGGGGAGACAUGAAGCCAGAGGAGGGCGGCAGCGAGCCGGGAACGAGCCAGGAGCUGCUGCAGAGACUGCGGGAGCUGGAGGCGGAAAACUCGGCCCUGGCUCAGGCCAACGAGAACCAGAGGGAGACCUAUGAGCGCUGCCUGGACGAGGUUGCCAACCACGUGGUGCAGGCUCUGCUCAACCAGAAGGACCUGCGCCAGGAGUGCCUCAGGCUGCAGAAGAGGGUCUUCGACCUGGAGCGCCAGAACCAGACCCUGAGCGACCUCUUCCAGCAGAAGGUGCAGCUGACGACCGGCUCUCUGCCCCAGCUGGCCCUGCACCCGGUGUCCGUGGUGUGCAGCCCCCCGGCCAGUCUCCAGUUGGGCUCAAUGGAGAAGCUGGCCCCCUCGCUGCCCCUGGGACGCUGCGCCCUGCCGAGGGAGUUGGGGUACAGCUCUCAGUCCAUGGAGGCGUUGUCUCCGUUCUUCAAGAAGAAAGCACAGAUCCUGGAGGUGCUGCGGAAGUUGGAGGAGACGGACCCCCUGCUGGGCCCCCCACCCUGCCCGCUGUCUCCCUGGAGGGACCCCCACCACUCCCCCGCUGAGCCCGGCUCCCACAAAUUUCAGCCGGUCCUAGCAGACAGCCGGAGCCAGCCGGAGUCACCGGUGAAUGGGGAGGGACCCCAUGAGUUGUGGCCGUCCUGCCUGCUGCGAGCACAGAAUGGCCUGGAGGAGGUGCUGAAGUGGAAGGGCGAGGAGGGGGGGGCCCUGGAGGCUGAGGGGGGGCUCCCCCAGCUGCUCCCCCCACUGUGCUCCCAGCAGAAGAGUGAGGGCAGCUCCUCCUCCUCCUCCGACGAGACGGGGGAGCUGGGCCCCCCGGGUGAGGCCCUGCUGAGCGCUUUGCCUGAGAAGAAGCUGGACUUGGGCCUGCUGUUGGAGGAGACCGAGUGCUACCUGCAGCAGUUCCUGAAGCAGGGCUGCCCGCUCAACGGGGAGCCAGCCGCUGCCUACCGGCCGGAGGGGCCCCCAGGAGCACUGGACCCCAAGCCAGGGGGGCUGGCCAAGGCCCUGAGCCAGGACAUGCUCACCGGCCUCUCGGUCAUGGGCAAGUGCCAGCCCACGAAGCCAGCGUCAGACCCGGCCCAGGGCGGCGCAGACAAGCCAGCUUUCGGCACAGCCGCCAGCAGCCAGGACCUGGGGCCCUUCCUGGAGCCGGCCUUGGAGCGCCAGGCCUACAUCAGCCUCUGCCUCUCCGGAGCCGAGCCCCCCGAGAAGAGUGCCAAGGGCUCCGGCCAGACCUCGGCUCAGGGCAAGCCCAAGCUGCAGCCGGGCUCCGCGUCCCCGGGCACUGGGGCACUUCCCCUGCCCUCCCCCUCCAAGAUGGUAAAGUUCCUGAAGAUGCCCACGCCCGGGGAGAAGCCCCAGGGCCCCAACCCUCUGCGCCUGAGCCCCCAGCUCACCCGGAGCUCCAGGAUCCCCUGCCGCAGCAACAACUACGAGCCGUGCCCCUCGCCCGUGCUCAGCCGCAGGGCCUCCCCCGAGGGGCCCGCGGUGCCUGCCUGCCCCCUGCCCCCUGGGGCUGGCGGCCAGGGUUCCCCCAAGGCUGGCAGACACCUAGCCCCCGGGACGGCCGAGGCCACCGUGCACUUCCCGGAGCCCCAUGACUACGAGAAUGUCUCGGAGCUGUCGGUGGGCGGCCUGGCCUCCCCACUGGAGCGGCCCAAGGGCUCCCACUCCACCCCGUCACGAGGCGCCAGGCCAGACGCCCUGCACUGCCCACCGGAGUUGUGCCCCUACGCCCCUGCCAAGGAGGGCCGGGAGCGCGGCGCUGAGUCCCCGCCGGCCGCCCGCAGAAAUGCCGGGGGCUCCGCCGGGCCCAGGCGGCCUAGGAAUAGUGCUGGGAAGAAGCAGCUGGAGCCGGGACACCCGCCGUUUAAGGAGCGUCUCUCGGCGCUGGGGAAGCUGAAGAGUGCUGAGGCCAGGGAGCGGAAGGAGGCGCUGGGUCUGGAGAAAAACAGCUGCCCUGGGAAGGCCAGGGCACCAGGCCAGCUCUGCGAGGAGGCGCUGGAGGCCAGGGCACAGCUUCGGCCGGGCGCAGGCGGGAGCCUCAAACACCAGGAGCAGUGCCACGGCGGGGAGCCCGCCGGGCGGUGCUACUCCUCUGGCUCGGUGGGCUCCCGGCUGGAGGCUGAGACCUGCUCCUCAAAGCACUACGCCGCCAAAGCCCGCCAGCCAGGGGCGCUGUGCCCAGCGGGGACCCCCAUAGGCCCCAGGAACCCCCCUAAAGCCCCUCCGGUGCCCCCGGCCAAGGGCGCCAAGAGCCCCCAUGGGAGCCCCACCAAGCUACCCUCCAAAUCUCCCAUCAAGGCGCCGGCCAAGGCUGGGGCUCCCCGCCCGCCUGCAGAGGAGCCAAGGCCCGGUGGCCCCAAGCUGCCCCUCACGCCGCCGCCCAGCGCGGGCCGCAAGCCCCCAGACUGUGCCAAGGCCCUGCCCCUGCCUGGCCAAGCGCUGCCCACGGUCGGCCCCGUGCUGCACUCGGCCAUCGAGGAGAAGGUGAUGAAGGGCAUUGAGGAGAAUGUGCUGCGCCGGCAGGGCCAGGACAAGGGGCUGGCGGGCGAGGGGAAGCCAAAGAACUCCAGCGGCAUCGCCAGCUGGUUCGGGCUGCGCCGGAGCAAGCUGCCUGCCCUGAGCCGGCGGCCCGAGGGGCUCCAGUGGGGCGGGGGCGCCUCGCCGCUGCGCCGGGAGGGGAAGGUGGCGGCCUGCAAGCUGGAGGCAGAGAGCCUCAACAUCUCCAAGCUGAUGGAGAAGGCGGAGGACCUGCGCAAGGCGCUGGAGGCGGAGAAGGCCUUCAUCAGCGGGCUGGCGCUGGAGAAGGGCCGGCCCCACACCUGUGGCAUCCUCAUGGAGCAGACGCAGAACCAGCUCCAGGUCAUGUACCAGGAGGUGACGGCUGAAGACUUCAUGCAGCAGCUGCUGAACAGGGUGGAUGGGAAGGAAUCUUACGAGAGCCGGCUGGAGCAGAAGAGGGAGCUCCGGGAUUUCCAGAGGGUCUCGCAUGACGCCAAAGACCCCAGGCUCUUCCGGCCCCCACGGAAUGGCAUCGUUGGCCACCUGCGGAGCUGUGAGGAGACCCCCGAGAAGGGCCCAGACUCAAAGCUCCGGGAGGAAAUCCGGUCGGACGACAGCCUGGCCGAGUCAGUGAACUCCCAGCACUUCACAGCAUGUGGCUCCCUGACACGGACCCUGGACAGCGGCAUCGGCACCUUCCCUCCCCCCGACUACUGCAGUGGGGCUCCCAGUAAAAACCUCCCCAAGCUGAAACCCAGCCUGGACCUGCUGCCCAGCCUUGCCCCGGGGCAGCCCCCCGGCGGCACCAGAGUCCCCCGGAAGGCCCGCACGCUGGAGAGGGAAGUGCCCAGCACGGAGGAUGUUCUGGCACCCGGAAAGCACCAGAGCAUGCCUGCGUUCCAUGGAGUACUGGCCAGCGCGGAGCCGCCCCCGAGCCUGCACGGCCACAGAGUCUGCCCUGAAGGUCUGGACCCAGACCCCCGCCUGGAACCCGGCCGAGCGCGGCGAGUGCAGCAGAGCAAGAACUGGACCUUCCCCAACUCCAAGGCUUGCGGCGACUCCGUGAACCCCUUCCUGUGCACGGCCCAGGACCUGGAGGGGCUGCAUGGGCUGGCCGGGAGCUCCGCCUACAGCACCGCGGAGAGGAAACGAGCCUCCUCGGACGGGCCCCGCCUGCCGCCCCCCUCCCCACAGGCGUUCAGCACCAGCCGGACGCCCAGCGCCUCUGACGUGGGCGAGGAAGGCAGCAUGGAGCUGAAGUCCAGGGACACGGGGCAGGGCCAGCCGGGCCUGGAGAACUCGGAAUCGCCGAGUGACUCGCUGUACGACAGCCUCUCCUCCUGCGGGAGCCAGGGGUAAAGGUGCCCUGGAGCCCCCCUUCGUGGGAGGAGGGAUCAUCUGGUGCUGGAGUAGGAAGAGCUGCCUGGGCCCCCCCCCGUGCUUCCCCCACCCCUCAAGAGCCUGGGGUGCUUGGCACUGGGGCCGUUCAGAGCCCAUUGCUGGCACCAGGGCUGCAGAAUCCUGCCAAGGUGUCUCAAACCAAGUCCGUCCGUUCCCCCCCACCCGACAGAGGAGCCGCAGCUGGGGGCCACCACCACAUCUUCCACCCCGGACCCCUUUCCAAGGGGCCGGAGCAGCUGCCUCACCCUGGACGCAGCCCCCAGCCAUUGGGCAGGGCCCCUGGCUCAUCCCUGGUAUCGCAGGGCCUGUCUGCACUGUCGUCUCAGCUCUGGGGACGUCCGCGUGGAGCCAGGCUCCUGCACCGCCCUCCCCGUGCGGGUCAGGCGUGGGAUUACCUGCCUGGAUUGGACCAGGGGUCCCUCGGGUGCAGUCUCCCCCAGGGCCCGGAGCCAACCGCUGCCGAGGAAGGUGCAAGACGCCCUGCAGUGGGGAGGGGUCUCCCCUGUUGGCUAGGGCCUGACCAGACUGUACAGCAGGGGGCGCUGUGCCCUUCUCAGGUAACUGGACGGUCUGUUGUCCUUGCUGCAUUGACUGUCCAGCCCCUUCUUAACGCCUGCUUUGCUCUGGUGGCAGUGAGUUCCACAGGCUCCUUAUGGGGAAGAGGGAGAUUUGCCUUCCUCUCAUGCACCAGCUCUGGGUCUGUGCUGGAGGGCAGGUGGGUGCAGCCGAGUGGCGUGAGUCAAUGCUAUAGAAACCAGGAGUCCUAAGCCCCCAUCUCCCCGGGGGUAAAAACGGCUGUGAGUGGCUGGAGCGCAGACUGGGUUUCCAGCCAGCCCGUUACUGGAGUCGUGGAAUGGGACAGUGUUCCCCGACUCCCCUGUCUCUUCAGUGCCAGGUUGGGUCCCCCCACCCCUCCCUACUAGCCAAGCACUCUUAGCCCAGCCCUGCCUGCUCUCUAGCAGGGCUGUUCCUUUCCACUGGUGCUGGGGGGCAGACCCCAUGAGCUGACCCCAGCUGGGUCCUGGAGCUGCCGUGGGGCCAGGCCGGUUGCUCCCGCCCCUUGUCUUCUGUGUUUGGGUCGGGCUCCCGGUCGUGCUGCCUCCCCUGGCUGCGUGCCCUUCGCCUGGCUCUCUCCAAUGGUGCUAUUGCCGUGUACAGCCCCCCCUCCCCAGCCCCCCUUCCCUUUCUCACCUUCCAGUUGGGUUUUUUAUUCAGUGACGCCGCCCUCCCACGUUGUUUUAUUUAUCUAAGUUAUUGUGGAUCCAGCUGUUUAUUGCCUGCCUUGGUCUCCCUUCAAACUGCCAAUAAAAGGUUA